AUGCAAUCUUCAAGACACAUACCCGCAGCUCAGGAUCUCAUAGAACUCAUGGGGCACUGCCUCAAGACAUUUUUUACCUUCGAGGGGAUCACCUAUGAGCAAAUUAAGGGCACUCCGAUGGGUUCACCAAUCUCCGGACUCAUUGCCGAGGCCGUUCUGCAAAAACUCGAGAAAAGACUGUUCGGGGAAUACAAACCCAAGUUUUGGGCGCGCUACGUUGAUGUUACCUUCGUAAUCAUCGAUCUCGAUAAAAUUAGCUUCCAUGAAGUACUAUUAAACUCAAUCAUCCACGACCUACAGUUCACGAUGGAAGACGAAGUGGAGAGCAAACUUUCAUUUUUGGAUGUUCUCAUCUGCCGCCAACCAGACGGUAAACCGGCGACGUCAGUCUACAGAAAACCGACGAACACGCUGCAAAUGCUCAGUUACAGCAGCAACAACCCAUUGCAACACAAACGAAUCCGUGUACGCACGCUAUACCGACGGGUGGAAACUCACUGCAGCACUCCAGUCGCCAAACUGGACGAGAUGAAGUUCCUCCACGAACUCUUCAGAGUCAACGGCUAUCCGCGAACAUUCGUUGAACGGAGCCGAAAGCAACCAAGGAAGCGGAAUGAAGAACCUAUUCAGCCAAAAUCGUGGCGGAGCAUUCCAUACAUGAAAGGGGCUCUGAAGCCGUAG